UAAACAACUUAUUGAGAAAUAAGAACAUAUCUAGAGGGGCUAAGAUAAGAAUAUACAAGACAGUGAUAAGACCUAUAGUCUUGUAUGCCAGUGAAACAUGGACGAUGAACAAAUCCGAGCAAGUCAUGCUUAAAGUAUGGGAAAGAAAAGUCCUAAGAAAAAUAUUUGGCGGAAAGAUAUGGAAUGGAAUGUGGAUAAGAAGACCAAAUGUGGAAUUGGAGAGGAUGUAUGGUGAACCAAACAUAGUAGGGAUCGUAAAAUCACAAAGACUGAGAUGGUUGGGACAUAUCCAAAGGAUGCCAAACACGAGACUUCCCAAAAAAAUACUAACGGGAGGAAUAGGAGGAAAGAAGAAGAAAGGUAGACCGAAAACCAGAUGGAAGAAAGAUGUUGAAAAAGACAUAGAAGAACUGAAAAUCACAAAUUGGAAAAAUAAAGCAGCAAAUAGGAGAGAUUGGAAAGGAAUAGUAAACCAAGCCAUGGGCCUUCUAGGCCUGGAGAGCUAAACUAUAUAUAUAUACAUAAUAUUAUAAUAUGUAUGUGUGUACGUACUUAUUAUACAUAAGAAAUACAUGUUCGGAUUAUCAGUGCCACCUUCGGUCCCGAGGAGCACGGAUAAUCUGGAUUCUACUGUAUUAGGUAGGCCAGAACUUGAUAUAUUACUUGAUUUCUUAUGUUGAUUACUUUUCGUUUUUGGGUUGACAAAACAUGAUUUAAACUUUCAAAAUGCCCUCCUGAAAAAUUAGGCUAGAUGGACAUAUCAAUCAUUGUCAAAACGCUACAGAUUUAUAAUCCAUCCAACUGGUAUAUUGAAUAGUAAACUAGGGAUAAACCAACUAUGUAUAUCAAAACACAAUAUUUUAAAGAUUGGAUAAUUUACAUGAUAUGACAAACACCUAGAAGAUGGAAUCCUGUGUUCUCAAAGAAAAAGCUAGUUCCAGAAAUAAGCUACCAAUAAUAAACUAGAGAAUGUAUUACAAGAAAGAACAACGCUAAUACUCAACAUAGCUCAAUUGCUUCAGAUAGAAAAAGAGGAGGAAAGGGUAGAACACAAGCGUGCCAGAGAAAAUUAAAGGGCAGACGAGACACAAAAAUUCAUUGAUUUAUUAAAUUUAAUAAUUAAAUUAUACAAAGGACAAUUAAAUAAAGAAUAAAAAAUUAUACAUG